AUGGUGCCCGGAAGUGCGUCUAUCAUGAUGAUGCAGAGAGAGCUUUUCAAGAAAAGACUGACUAAGAAAACAAGUGCGAAAGGGAUACAGCAAUGGGAGGUCUGCGCACUACCAGAGGAGAAGCAUCCAUCGAGGCGUCGGCGCAAUACAGCUCAGCAACUGGUCUCCAUAGGAGAGCUGAAAGUAGUUGACGAAUCGUUCAGAUGGCUAGCACAAGCGUACCACCUAGAUCAAUACUCUAAUGUCAACGGGGCGUUCGCUUCCAAACCCCUCCCAGCAACCAGCGACUUCCAUCAGCCGGAGCAGAGCCAAGCUCCCAGUCUCUUGAUCAAAUCUGGAUCAUCGCCUUGGCUGAACCGCCUUGCGCAACCUGAGCGGAAACAGAUUGACAAGGAAGGUCGAGAGACUCUACAGAGGACUGGCAGCACGGGAGAAUUGAGUGUUGAGAAGGUCCAGGCAGAGGACGAAAAUGUAUCCGAGAUGCUAAAAGGGAUCCACCGUCGCGACUUUGACGUGUUUGAAUUCGCUACCGCUGAUGGGGGUGUGGUGCUGAAGCCGGUCGCAUCAGCGAUUUUCAAAGAACUGGGGCUACUUGAGAAGAUUAACAUUGGCAAGCAGACGAUGGAUGCCUUCCUCGCAUCCAUCGAAGCUGGCUACUGUGAGGUUCCCUACCACAACGCGUGUCAUGCAACAGACGUUCUUCUGGCGGUGUACAGUCUCAUUUCGAGCAGCUCAAUGGCGUGGAUGACUGACCACGAAGUAUUCUCGCUGUUGAUAGCGGCGAUUAUUCACGACUUCAAGCAUCCGGGCGUGAGCAAUGGAUACCUCAUUGCAAGUCGGGACCCUCUUGCCACUCGCUACAACGAUCGCGCUGUGCUGAAUAUCAUGAAGGGUUUCUCGUCUGAGCAUCAGAAGGCUAUCCGGGCGCUCAUCAUCCAGCUGGUGCUGAUCACGGACAUGUCUGAGCACUUCAACUUCGUCAACAAAUUCAAGGCGUUCGUUCUGGGACCAGACUUCAGCCUCGAAGACCAGCAACACCGGCUCUACGUUUUCCAGAUGAUCCUCAAAUGCGCUGACCUCAACAGCGCUGCGAAACCACUCCGCUUAGCCAAAGUAUGGGCGGAUAGGGUCACAGACGAGUUCUUCAAUCAAGGAGACCUCGAAAAGAAACUGGGACUUCCGGUGUCACCAAUGUGCGACAAGCAGGCGGCAGACAUUCCGAGGCAACAGCUCCGCUUCAUCGAUUUCAUCGUGCAGCCAAUGUUUGAGAGCUUCGCGGAGUACUGCCCAGCCCUCGACGAAUGGUUCCGGGAUCUGGAGAACAACAAAGAGUACUGGGAAAGCCAGUGCAAAGGCGCGCAGCAAUGCUCAGGCAGAGCCAUGCGGCGAUCCAACAGCGAGAGGUCUCUCAAGUUGUAG